AUGGCUGGCGGUUCAGUUUUGCUCGCGGCUGUCUCCCUUCUCUCUGCCUUCCAGCAACUUCAUUUUGCUUGGCUGGUGGGGAAUUCAAGAAGGAAGCACAAGGUCAUGCCCCCAGCUGUCACUGGAGCUCCAGAAUUUGACAGAACAUUUCGUGCACAACAAAACUGUGUGGAGUUUUACCCAGUAUUCCUGACUCUCCUCUGGACUGCAGGGUGGUUCUGUAAUCAAGAAGUAGCUUCCUUGCUGGGUGUGCUGUACGUGUUUACCCGCUACAAGUACUUCCAUGGUUAUGUCCAGUCUGUGAGUGGAAGGGUAACAGCUUUUUAUCUGAACUUGAUCAUUCUGGUCUGCUUGUUAACCCUGGGCGUAGCUGGACUUGUUAACAGCUUUCUGCAUGAAUACCUGGAUGUCAGCCUUGGGAAGAAACUACAUAAACUGAUCUGA